CCCUUUAAAUAUUACAGCGGCAUUUACGUCGGCCAAUUGGAUGCAUGCACGCCCACGGAUCUUCCCCGGCGACCCUGUAGCCACGUCACCCAGUCCCACAACUUCGGAAGUGUAGCGGAAACUCACUUGCUGCAGAGGAAUACAGACCCGAUACCAACAACUCUGGUGCAAAACAGCAAUUUAAGGAGUAUUGGAUAGUCCUGGAGCAAAGACAGUGAAGUCAGCACAGUACAGCACUGUGAUACCAACUUGGAAAAGAGAGAGCUUUUUGAUUUAUCGGUCUGUCUACUACGGGCAGAGGCCUUUUUUUUUCUUGGAUUCUGCAACACUUGUGUAUUACCAGAGAUACCGACGCUGGUGGCGUGUCAUUCUAGUGUUAAAAUUAUCUGUUAAAGGACUAACCUAUCCGUCAAAAUGAACAUUUUCCGUCUCGCCGGUGACGUGUCACAUCUUGUGGCAAUCAUCAUAUUGUUUAUGAAGAUAUGGAGGUCAAAAUCAUGUGCAGGGAUUUCUGGGAAGUCUCAGAUGCUAUUUGCAUUGGUCUUCACCACAAGAUACCUAGACCUUUUCACGAGCUUCAUCUCCAUCUACAACACUGUUAUGAAGGUGGUGUUCCUCUCUCUAGCCUAUGCCACCGUGUACCUGAUCUACAUGCACAUCCGCAGCACCUACGAUUCUGAGAGCGAUACCUUCCGGGUGGAAUUCCUCCUGGUUCCUGUGGCUGGACUCUCCUUCCUGGAGAACUACGCCUUCACCCCUCUGGAGAUCCUUUGGACCUUCUCUAUCUACUUGGAGUCUGUGGCCAUCUUACCUCAGCUGUUCAUGAUCACCAAGACUGGUGAGGCGGAGUCCAUAACCACACACUACCUGUUCUUCUUGGGCUUGUACCGUGCCCUUUACCUGGCCAACUGGGUGUGGCGCUACCACACUGAGGGAUUCUUUGACCAAAUUGCCGUGGUGUCCGGAGUGGUGCAGACAAUUUUCUACUGUGACUUCUUCUAUCUCUAUGUCACCAGGGUUCUCAGAGGUAGUGGAAAGAUGUCUCUGCCAAUGCCAGUGUGAAGUGUGCACAAACAGGACACCACCCAUCUUAGGUACACCAGCCUUUAUUCAUUCACUCCCUUGGGAUCAUCACCUGGAUGGACCACAUCAUUGAUUUGAAGAAAGUUUGGAUCCAAUUCAACCAUCAUCUAAUUGCAGCUUCUAAAAUACUUAAUGUGAACACUCUGUUGUCCAGCAUUGGAUAUUUCUUAUCCAGCCCUUAUUGAUAUAUUCUUUUGUAUUUAAAAUAAAUAAAACUAUGAUCAUUGGGCUAAAAGGGAUCAGUAAGCUUACCUUAAGAAAUGAAUUGCGAGUUCCUCAUACCUAUCUUAAACCCUUGUAAAAAGGGCUGUAACUAGUGCCAUUUUGAUAUUCUCAUUAGUCUGUGUAUGAUUCAGGUGUACUUUAAGGAUGUUCUAGUCAACCUAGAGAGAUUCUGUACAUGAGUGGAUUUGUAAUGUUUAAGGACCAUCAGUUUCUCUCUGUUUUGUUUCCCUUUGACCCUUGACCCCCUUCACACUCACUAUGAAAGUAUGAUGUCUUUAAUUUUUUCCAUUUGGUACCAGGCUUAAUUGAUAGCAGUCCGCUGAGAGGGAUGGUGGAUCCCUUUUUUUUGGUUGAGCUGCCUCAUGACAUGAAGUAUGGCCUGCAUUUGGAUAGGUUUAAGUGAUGGCUUGGCGAUAAAUGAAAAUGCCAUUCCCAUUCUACUCAACCGCUUGUCAUUAGGCACCCAUCACAGUUUGACUUAGCAGGGCAGCACUAAAAGAGGGACUGCAGGCAAAAUGUAAAAAACCUGAAAGUACUGGCCACUAUUCACCUCCACAGAAUAGAAGAAGAAUUUUGCGCUUGAAAAAGAGACCAUCUGCUUUCUAAGUCCUUUAGUGUUCCCCAGAACAAGUACUAUAAAAAUACUGGUACCUACAUGGGAUGUGUACAUAAAUUAUGACAUCAUUUGAAUUUCGUUAUGCCAUGUGAAGCUCUGGAUGUGUCUUCCACUCUUUUUUUUUGUCUUAAUAACUUUUUAUGUAAAAUGUUCUUUCACAUGUCUUUUUAAUUACACCCAUGUGUUUGGUGUAUGUGUAAGUUUGUAGAAUAUCUCCAAGUAUUCGCUUAGCAUAAAAGGUACUUAGCAACAAAGCCAGGGGGGUUUAUGGCCCAUACAACCCACAGAACAGAAGAUCCAAAAAGUUAUGUGGAUACACAAUUUCUUUCUCGUGCCUUGUGUAAUGAAAAUGUCAGAGAAGCACAACGAUCUGGGAAAUCUCACACAAACACACACUUCUCACAUAAACACACACUUCUCAGUUUUGCUAAGCCAAAGAUCAUCUUCCUUGAAACACAUAACUUCAGUGCUGAUAUGUAAUCUCAUAUUUAGCGUAGGAGAACAAUCUUGGACCGAAAUUACGUUUUGAUUAUAACACUCCAUAUGAUGGUACAACCCAUUACUAAUUCUGAUAUUUGGAAUGGUAAAGAUGUACUGUUCAAACGAUUCUUUCUCCCAGUGCAAUGGAAAUUAAGCCUUUUUUGGAAGAUUUUGUAUCUAGCUUUUAUAAAGUGUCAAUAAAGGUUGUCUGAUUAAACACA